UGACGAAAUGAAGGCGGUCAAACGUCACUUCCGCCUGGUGGCCUGAAAGUGCAGGCGGCCAUAUUACAUUAGCAAACAUAUUUACGCGCUAGCAGUGGAUUGUUUAUGCUGUGAAGUACAGCUGUAUUUUAACCAGACUCUCUCAGUUUAGCUCAAGCGGUAAGUUAGCGGGACGAUGAGCGGCGGCACGCCGUAUAUCGGCAGUAAGAUCAGUCUGAUCAGUAAAGCGGAGAUCCGUUAUGAAGGCAUUCUCUACACCAUCGACACAGAGAACUCCACCGUCGCGCUCGCCAAAGUGCGCUCCUUUGGCACCGAGGACCGCCCCACGGACCGUCCCAUCGCACCAAGGGAUGAGAUAUUUGAGUAUAUUAUAUUCAGAGGAAGUGACAUCAAAGAUCUGACGGUGUGUGAACCUCCCAAACCAACAUGCUCUCUGCCUCAGGACCCCGCCAUUGUUCAGUCCUCUAUGGGAUCUUCCACUGCCCUGCCAUCAUCCUUCCAGUCUGGGAAGUCAUACGGACUCUUCAACCGUCCACAGGUCACACCAUACACCCAGUUCAACCCCAACCCACUGGUCUCACCACAGUUCGGCACUGUUGGAGUCGGUCACACAAGUCCGGCUAUGGACCCCCUGCGAAAGAGCCCCCCAGUGGAGCCUGCCUCCCCAUCAGCCCCUGCAGUCACCGCCGCUGCUCCCACAGCUGUGUGCCGCAAGAGCCCUGUUUCAACCCGCACAGCCUUCACCAACACACAGAAGCCUGUGGACCUCACAGAACAGACCCGGGGCGCCGAUGUCCCGAAACCAAGCGUACUCGAGACCAGUCAGUCCAGAGGAGGAAACCGGGACGCUUCUAAACGGCUCGCAGCUUGUGGAGCUCCUCCUGUCCGGCAGGGUCGUGGCGGAGGUCAUCGGGGUAGAGGACGGUUCCCUGUGCGCAGAGAAGGACCCAUGAAGUUUGAGAAAGACUUUGACUUUGAGAGCGCCAAUGCUCAGUUCAACAAAGACGAGAUUGACAAAGAGUUCCAGAGCAAACUCAAACUCAAAGAUGAGAAGUCUGAUAAGGCUUUGAAUGGCGAGGAUAAAGGUGAUUCGGGAGUCGACACUCAGAACAGCGAAGGAAAUGCUGAUGAGGAAGAUCCUCUCGGACCAAACUGCUACUACGACAAAUCCAAGUCCUUCUUUGACAACAUCUCCUGUGACGACACAAGGAAGGCCGCCGAGAGGUCUGGAGGAUCCGGUUUUCCCCGAGAGAGGAGGCAGACCUGGGCGGAGGAGCGGAGGAUGAACGCAGAGACGUUUGGCCUGCCGCUGCGGCGGGGUCGCGGAGGGUUCAGAGGUCGCGGGGGCAUGGGCUUCAGAGGGGGCCGGGCUCGUGGAGCCGGACGGGGGUGGUUUGGAUCUCACCCUGGUGGAAGUGGCUUCAGAGGGUUAUUCAGAGGAAGUCAAGGAGGAAGAGAGUUCGCUGAGUUUGAAUACAGGAAGGAUAAUAAAGUUGCUGUAUAGUGAUGAGAGGAAGCGGAUCCAGAAGACAUGAUUUGUGUGGGAACUGCGUUUCGGGUCACAUGUUUUGCUGAGAACAAGGAGAUAACGUACGUGUUGUAAAAAUCUGCCACCAGCACUGCUUGAAACCUGGCUAUUAAUGAAACACCUACUCCAUUUCUUCCCGAGGAGUGGAACAAAUACUAUUUUUAUUUAAUCGUUAAUUUGAGAAUAUUUCCAGACGGUUUCAAAUAUAUUGAUUUCUGAAGG